AAACUCUCAGUUUUGUUUCAGCAUUCGUUAAUGCACGUCGUUCUCGGGAUCGCUUUUUGUUUGAAGCCAGCCGCCACACAAAUACACUCUUCCACUUACCUACUCACAUGUAUGUGAUGUUGUCCAUGGAUUUAUACAUAUGUUCGUAGUGAUAAAACAAAAACCUGGAUAUAAAGCUGCUCCAACACCAACGAUUCAUAAUAAACUACUAAUUCUAAGGCCGCAUUCAUUUUUUGUAGAAGUGAAAUACAAGACAAGUUCUAGUGUAACUGUGAAAUCUGCUUAAGAAAAUUAUAUGAUGUGGUCUGUAUUUAUUUGAUGCGUUCAUAGCCCUUUCAAAACGUACUGUGGAGCUUGCAUGAAAGUUGUAGAGUUGCUUUGUGUCAAGGUGUGUGCAACUAACCAAGGCAUGAGCACUCACUUCAUUCAAUAAUAUUAGCUUAAUUUAUUAAAAAAAAGUACAUAUGUGCGCGGUUAGCUCCAACUCCUCCUGUAGCAGUGAUUCGAGUUUUUUGUGGAUAGCUUCGGCACAAAUUGUCAAAGGUUAAAAUGAAUUCUGAAGAUAAUUCUGCUCACGGUUGCCGAUGUAAAGGUUUGAAACUCGAAAAAACCGAACAAUUUCGACAUUGUCCACGAAGUGUUUUUAGUUUUUCGGUAGACGAUAGCAGCAACAAUAAUUUACAAACGCAGUGCUGCGCGUCAUCCUGCUCAGAUGGGCGGUUGGCAUCGAAGUCGGUUUUAAGCUAUUGUACAGAAAGAAGAAGAUGGAGACAUUCAGCUGAAUGUUUGGAAAGCUCAGGAAAAGUCAAAAGUCUUGGGAAUUCAGUUAGUUGCUCACUUUCCGAUAACCUGUCAAGAGAAUCCAUACGAAAUGCAUGUGGUUACGUUGAUGAUCUAAGUGACAAUGACUUAAGGGAGGUUCACACUAUUCCAGGAAACUUUCAAAGCCGUUUACCAGCCAUUAAGCGGUCGUUUUUAGAUGGAAAGAUGUUUAUGAAACGGAAAAACUCUGAAGAAAAACCGCUCUAUUUAGAAGAUAAUCAGUCUCUUGAAGUUACUACAUCUCCAAACGACGAAGCCUCUAACGCCCUUCGCGUAUUAGAUGCUGUUCUAGAUAUACACGAUACAUCACUCGUGGAAUCCUUUCGCAGUUCCAGUCCGACAGACUCAGAUACUGAACAGAUAAAGAUUAACGACUGCUUGCUGGAGUUGGAUGACUUUUUGGACAAAAUGGAUGAUGGCAUGACCAGGCAGAGUGAAGAUAAUAUUAUUUCGGAUACUGAGAACACAACUGCAACUGCUGCAAACUCCGUAUUCCUUCAACGAGGUGGACAUUUAAGGAAGACAGUUGGAUCCUUCCCAGGUCCCAGUGUAAGCACUUCCUCUGCCGCUAAAGCAGUUUCCGUGUGUGCAACGUUACGCAAGAGUGGCCGAAGUAGCCCCGUUGUGUUCACGGGCGAACAUAAUGGCAUAAUACGGUUUCCGUCCCAACAUACCAUAGUUCGAUUGGAUGAGUCCGAUAAUAGAAAACCACCGGGAAGCUGCGAAGACCUUGAUUGUCUUUCUCAGGAUGAUUGUUCUCCAAACUCAAACCAAAUUCUGACGGAUGAUCAAAUAUUUCGAAAUUUAAUCGAGCAAAAUGAAAGUCGCAGAAUUGACACAGACAUCAGACCUCGGCAAUAUGGAAGGCGGGCAGAACGAAAUUCACAAAUGUCUAUACCUGACGGACGUAAUGGUGGUAGAUUUCCAUUGAAUUAUACUGCGAGGCCGAUGAGUGCCCCCGUAACAUCCUCAAGGUCAGUAAGACAAACGGAACAAGAUUUACACAAUACAAGGGCGUACGUUAUGUCGGACGGCAGCACAGGACGAUCAUCUCGUACCACAAGUCCAGUGACGAUCGCAUCCAGUUCUGAUUCCAGUGAACUGUCACAAACAUCACAUAAUAUAAUGGAACCUAGCGAUAUUGUAAACGAAGGCAAUUCCUUGCAGGGUACUAAUCAAUCAUCAGAUGUAGAAAAUGUUGAAUCUACGCAGAAGCCAGGCUUUAAUACAUAUUGGCCGCACAGCUAUAGUCGAACCUUGGCUCUAUUAUCGUGUACAUUGGGCUUAUUCAACAUAUGUCGUUUUGCCGUCCUUACCAUAAACUAUGGCCCAAAUUUUCUUAUACAGUUCCUAUUGCUUUCUAUCGUUUUCGGAGUGCCUUUUUUUUGGCUUCAAAUGUGUUUGGGUGCUAAAAUUAGGGCAGGGCCAGUAUCUAUGUGGAGAAUUAGUCCAAUCUGCAGUGGCAUUGGUAUUGCGAUAAUCCUCGUACAGUAUUUCAUCACAAUUUACUCAUCAGUUGUGAUUGUUUGGCUGCUCGUGUAUCUGAGCGACACAUUCAUGUAUCAGUCAUCGUAUCGGUGGGCUGAAACCUCGAACUUCUUAAUCCCCAGGAACUUUUCGCACACUUAUACCAAUCUCACGGAAAGUGUGGCAGACUAUUUUAAUGUAAACGUCCUUCAAAGGCUCCAGAUUCUAAAGCUUGUUGAGAACAGUAGCAUUCGCCUGCAUAUAAGUGAUCGUCAGCUGGCUUUUUACUUGGCAAUAUUAUGGGCCUUGGUAUUCUUAAUAUUGUGCAAGGGUCUCAGAUCCUUUGGGAAAGUGCUGUUUGUUAUCGGAAUUGUCCCUCUUAUUGCGCUUGCUGUGGUCACAGGCAAACUGUUAUACGUCGUUGAUCUUAUGAAACUGCAGAAUUCAUUUAGUUCUUCCGAGUUGGAUGAUUUUCUGAUAAACUCAAAAACAUGGACUGUUGCUUCUCAGGAAACUUUUUUAACUUGGGGUUUGCUGGGAGCAUCGGUGAUAGCAAUAACAAGUCGGUCACACAAAAAUAAUUUGCAAACGACGUUGCGAAGGGAUGCAAUUUUAGUGGUUUUAUCGACCCUCAUUGGCCUAUGUUUGUCAGCAUUGAUGGGUCUAUGCUGCAUUCAGAUCUUAAAUCAAUCGGGGUAUGUCUAUGUUCCCGGUUCAUAUGAGAAGCCAGAAUCGUAUGCAUCGGUUUAUUCUCUGAAGUCGUCUUUGACCAGCAAUAUUAUAUCAUACCCAUCUAAAUUAGUUCCUCACUACUCAAGCCUAAUUGGCGAAGUAUAUAGACGUCAAGGGGAUGUGACAAAGAUCAGUGGCUAUCAAGUGUUGCGAUUUGCCACUGAGUUAUUUCCAGCUGUGCUGGUAAUCGCUGAUGGCAGUUUUUCAUGGGCAUGGGCAGCGCUGGUGUUCCUCAUGCUUUUUGUUUUCGGCAUCUCCCAGCUUUGCGUUAUGUGGAAGCCCAUAUCCAGUGCCUUGGGCAAUUCCACCAGCGCUGUGCUUCUCAGUUGUGUUACUGGUCUGCUUUUAAGCAUACCAUUCGCGACAGAAGUUGGAAUUACUUUACUUCACUACAUAGACAGUUUGAUUGGCGGAGCUUGGUUUAUUCCAAUUUUGUGGGCAUCCGAAAUAUUUGGCAUUUUCCUUAUUAGAGGUCGGCCAUACAAUGGCGAUGACCUAGUGAACGAUUUGAAAAUGUCUGGAUCAAUGUCAGCUUUUUUGGCCUUGUCAUGGAAUGUUUUCCUACCAAUCAGUCUCAUAACUUUGGCAGUGAUUGAAUACAAAAUUUCACUGUCUAGUCAAUUAUACUAUUGGCGUGGAAGGUCCUAUUACUCAUUUUGGGCUAGAAAAGUGGGAGCUCUAAUACAGGUUGGAUUUCUUCUGCUGGUGCCUAUUACAUCGAUUAUCCAAAUAUACAGAUAUUUAACAACUGGACCUCCCGAUAUUUUAGAUAGAAUACAAAUGCUGUAUAGACCAUUGGAUGGUACGUCCGAAAUUCGUUUAACUAAUAGAUUUCAUAGGAAUAGUUCGGAUACCAGAUACAGGCCAAAUGGAAGCGAAGCUAACGCAGAAAACGGAAUUACAAAUAUUCCGGAAGAUGCACCGCCAAAAUAUACGCCACCACCUUCCUACACCACCGCAACUGGGGUUAGGUUAGCAAAGAUUUUACGACAAAGUAUUCGGCGCAGUGUAAGAAGGUUACUGGGCGAUUCUGGAAGGACAAGGCCUGUAUUAUCAAUUCAAAUUGAGCAGAAUGAUGAACCAACGUCAUACCCUCCUGAUUACUUGUCAGUUUUAACAACUCCAUCUGCCAUAUCAAAUGUGGUUAGUGAAACGAUUGAAAUAGGUAACCGGCCCUCAAACAAUUUACUUCAUGGACGUAGUUUGUCAUUGGGUCGGAAAAGUGUGCUGCAGAAAAAAACACUACAAAAAAGAACAGGAAAUACGUAUCGUCCCUCAUCUGCCCCACGGGAAAUUAUAGGAAGCUUCAAUGAAAACAGAGCUUCAACUCGUACGUCACGGGCGUAUACAGCAGAAGAUGUUAUAACAAUUCUUAGAUCAUCGACCAGAGGCAAAAACCUAACAUCACAAUUGGCACAUGUCCAAAACCAAACGGUAUUUCGCUCCACAGAAAAUUUGGUAUUUAAUGCAGAGCCUCCAGGAACAAGUUCCUCUGUUUUAUCUGAACAAUUAAAAGAAAUCGAUCAUGACAAUACAUCUGUGAUUUAAAUUAUGCUAAGUAUUGACAAUAGUCUAACAAUAAAAAAACAUAAAUAACAA